UCCGUUUUGCCUCUCUACCUUUCCAUUCCAGAACCCAUCAGUUAAACCAUCUUAAUCUAGCACAACAGCAUAGAAACCUACCUUACUCUUCAACCACUUCUUCUCCACCGUUUCUCAUUUCUCUCUACUUUAGACUCCAUGCACGUCACGUCCUCACAUAGCCACAUGAAAGCUGAGCUUAAGGGCACGUCCGUUUCCUUUCAAAACCCUACUACUCUCUUUAACACACCUCACAACCCUCUCUCGGGAGCACUCAAAGGGUGUCUGGGAAGCCUGGAUGGAGCUUGUAUUGAGAAGCUCUUGCUGCACUGUGCCAGCGCUUUGGAGAGCAACGACAUCACCUUGGCUCAACAGGUCAUGUGGGUGCUCAACAACGUUGCUUCCCCUGUGGGGGACACCAACCAAAGACUCACCUCGUGGUUUCUCAGAGCAUUAAUCUCUAGGGCUUCAAGAAUUUGCCCUACUGCCAUGAGUUUCAAAGGAAGCAACACCAUUCAAAGGAGGCUCAUGAGCGUCACCGAGCUGGCCGGGUAUGUGGAUCUUAUUCCUUGGCAUAGAUUUGGGUAUUGUGCAUCCAAUAAUGAAAUUUUCAAAGCAAUAACGGGGUACCAAAGGGUACAUAUUCUAGAUUUUAGUAUAACCCAUUGUAUGCAAUGGCCUACUUUUAUAGAUGCAUUGGCCAAAAACCCUGAAGGACCUCCUUCACUCAGAAUCACAGUUCCAUUUUGUAGACCACACGUACCCCCCCUGGUCAAUGUAUCUAUACAUGAGGUUGGUUUACGUUUAGGGAAUUUCGCCAGGUUCAGAGAUGUCCCUUUUGAAUUCAACGUUAUAGGAAACACAGGACCGUUAACACCUGUGGAAUUGAGCGAUGAAUCAUCUAACUUUCAUUUUGAAGCAAUGUUAAGUCUCUUGAAUCCUACUACACUAAACCUUAGGGAAGAUGAAGCUUUGGUCAUAAAUUGCCAAAAUUGGCUGCGCUAUUUGUCUGAUGAUAGAAAGGGAAGCCGCCAAAGUCUUUCCCUUAGGGAUGCUUUUUUAAAUCUAAUAAAAGGUCUUAACCCCCGGAUAGUGCUCUUGGUUGAUGAGGAUUGUGACCUUAGUGCAUCUAGUCUCACGUCAAGAAUCACCACAUGUUUCAACCAUCUUUGGAUACCCUUUGACGCAUUGGAGACCUUUUUGCCUAAAGAUAGUGGUCAGAGGGCAGAGUUUGAAUCCGACAUAGGCCAGAAGAUAGAGAACAUCAUAAGCUUUGAAGGGCACCAAAGAAUCGAGAGGUUGGAGUGUGGGGUGCAAAUGUCCCAAAGAAUGAAAAAUGUUGGUUACCUCAAUGUUCAAUUUUGUGAUGAAACUGUUAGGGAAGUUAAAGGUUUGCUAGAUGAGCAUUCCAGUGGGUGGGGGAUGAAAAGAGAAGAAGGUAUGCUAGUUCUCACAUGGAAAGGAAACAGCUGUGUCUUUGCGACAGCUUGGGUCCCCUGUGAAAUAAGGGAUCAUGUUGGAAUGGAUGCAAGUCUGCCUUAAACACACUUCAUGAGAGGCAAGUUUGGACCUACCAUGGAAUUGAUUCCAAUUGCUUAAUUCAGUGGUCCAAAAAUGAGACAGAGAGGAAUUUCAUCUCUUUCUCAUAGGGUUGAAAUUCAUCUCCAAAAGACAACUAGAAAAAACGGCCGCUUUUUGAGAAUUAUUUGUGGCAACUUUGUUAUGGAGCACAAUACGUUGGAUCACAUGAAAGGCAAAAGGGAAAAAAAAUGUGUACGCUGUCCUUCUUGUAUGAGACAAAUUUGUCUCUUUCUUAUUGCUUCUCUUUUAUGCAGCUUUAACUUGUUUCUGCUCAGAGCUCUGGGUAUAAGAAAAAGAACUUGUUGUAAGAAAAUCCCACUUUAUUAUUACCCAAU